CUCGCUAUGCAUCUUGACGAUCUUCCCGUGGAAGCCGUUGGCAUCGUUCUGGGCACCGCCGGCGACCUCGUCUCUGUCUGCACUGAUCCAGCCCUGGAUUAUACCCUCGGCACCGACUACUUCCUCCUCGAAGAGUACCAAUUUCCACCACCUAUCGCCGCUAAGACGGUACUCCGCUCCGAGCUCACCGAGAUCCGUCGUCUGCAGCACCACGUCGACCUGGUUUCAUACCCGCCGUCGCUUUUUCCUUCGCCGGACAAUGGGGCCAACCGUUACGUGUUCAAGUACAACACUUCAUCGCCCAUCGCCCUCUGGACCGAGAUGCAGAUGCUUGCAAGACUGCCCUCACACCCCCACCUGUCUCUGCUCGACAGGCUGGUCCUGGAUGAGAUGACGGGGUCCAAGGUGGUCGGCUUCACCAUGAGAUACAUCGCCAGCGACACGUUGGACAAAUCGAGACCGCCGUUCAAGCUGAAGUGGCUGAGACAGCUGAUGCAAACCGUAGACGACCUGAACCUCAAGCACGGCAUCAUCCACCAAGACAUCGCCGACCGAAACCUUUUGAUUGACCCCACGACCGACUCGAUCAUCCUGAUCGACUUCAACGAUGCCUACAGGGUGGGCUUGGCCAGGCGGCCGGGGCAACCGGAGGGGAAGUGGGACGAACGAGACGACGUCAAGGGCGUUCUGGUCUUCCUCUACGAGUAUGUCACCCGUGACCCGUCUCUUGCGCGCUACUGGUUGCAUCUUGUCGAAGAGGACGACUACAAGGACCCGGCCAAGUGGAUCAAGCACCCGGACGUGGAGCUCGACAACGAUGUCGCCGAGUUCUACUUUGAGCUGAUGGCCUGGGUCCGCAGACGCCGCGCCGGCAAGCAGAUCGGGCAUUACACCGAGGCGCCGCAGCCGAUCGACUGGCCUCACCCCCCUGCUCACCGCGUGGAGCGGAUGGAGUACGUCGUCGGCCGGCAGCGUGAGGCCGGGCUUCCCUAUCUGGACUGGAAGCGCCCACUCAAGGCAAAGCUUGAUCCGACUCGCCGCCUGCUAGCCACAGGGAGAUAUGCCGACGAG